AUGUCUUCUUCGGUGGGGCCCCGCGGCCCUCGCCCGCCCACGGUGCCCCCCCCGAUGCAGGAGCUGCCCGACCUGAGCCACCUGACAGAGGAGGAGAGGAACAUUAUCAUGGCAGUGAUGGACCGGCAGAAAGAAGAGGAAGAGAAAGAAGAGGCCAUGCUCAAGAGGUUGCAUCAACAAUUUGAAAGCUAUAAAGAGCAAGUAAGAAAGAUAGGGGAAGAAGCCCGCCGUUACCAGGGAGAGCACAAGGAUGAUGCUCCAACAUGUGGAAUCUGUCAUAAAACAAAGUUUGCAGAUGGUUGUGGCCAUUUAUGCUCUUAUUGCCGGACCAAGUUUUGUGCUCGAUGUGGAGGUCGUGUCUCUCUGCGAUCAAACAAUGAGGACAAAGUGUACAGGAAUACUGUUCCUACUCAUUGUGGAUCACAUUCAACAGUACCUGUAAGAGUUAUGUGGGUAUGCAAUUUGUGUCGAAAGCAACAAGAAAUCCUAACGAAAUCUGGAGCGUGGUUUUUUGGAAGUGGACCGCAGCCCUCGCCCAGCCAGGACGGAGCACUGAGUGAUACGGCCACUGGUGGAAGCUCGGAUGCACUGAGAGAAAAGAAAGCGAGACUUCAAGAGCGAUCGAGAUCACAGACUCCCUUAAGUACAGCAACUGCCUCAUCACAGGAAAUCUCUUCUUCCAGUGUCCAGCCCGACCGUAGGAAAGGAGCAGAAGUAUCACAGCCAGCUAUGGGCCUGGACCAAAAGCAAGUUUCAUCAAGGUCUAGAAGUGAACCUCCAAGAGAGAGGAAGAAGGCAAUGUUGGUUUCAGACCAGAAUGGCAAAGGUUUAAAGAGUGAGCGUAAGCGUAUGCCAAAAACCUCACUUCAAAAAGAAGGACCAGCAGAUGACAGGGAGCGUAAGGAACGGCACGAAGGUAGAAGGCUGGAGAAAGGCAAGUCACAGGACUACCCAGACUUGCCAGAGAAACUUGAGGAGGGCAAAGUGCCUGAUGAUGAAAAACAAAGGAAGGAAGAUGAAUAUCAUACCCGUUACAGGAGUGACCCCAAUCUGGCAAGAUAUCCUGUAAAACCACAUCCUGAGGAACAGCAGAUGCGCAUGCACGCGAAAGUUUCUAAAGCACGGCAUGAGAGAAGGCACAGUGAUGUAGCUUUGCCACAUACAGAAAUGGAGGAAGCGGAGGUACCUGAGAAUAAAUUAGGAAAACGCUCACAAUUACAGGGAACUCAGGACAGAAAAUCUCUUGUGGAAACUCAGAGGUCGUACUCUAUAGACAGAACAGGUGAUGUAAGAAUUUCUGUUUCUAAACAAUUAACUAAUCAUAGCCCACCAACUCCCAGGCAUAGUCCAGUUCCUAUAGAACACGUAGAGUACAAGAACCACGAUUCCUUUAAAAAACAGAGCCGCCUUGAUCCUAGCUCUGCUAUUCUCAUGCGAAAAGCAAAGCGGGAGAAAAUGGAGACCAUGCUAAGGAAUGAUUCCCUUAGCUCUGACCAGUCGGAAUCAGUGCGGCCAUCCCCUCCAAAGCCUCAUAGAGCAAAAAGAGGCGGAAAGAAAAGGCAGAUGUCAGUUAGUAGCUCAGAGGAAGAAGGGGCAUCAACACCAGAAUAUACUAGCUGUGAAGAUGUGGAGAUAGAAAGUGAAAGUGUCAGUGAAAAAGGUGACUUGGAUUAUUACUGGCUGGAUCCUGCCACGUGGCACAGCAGGGAGACAUCCCCUAUUAGUUCGCAUCCUGUAACGUGGCAGCCUUCUAAAGAGGGAGAUCGCUUAAUUGGGCGUGUUAUUCUUAACAAGAGAACAACCAUGCCAAAAGAAUCAGGUGCAUUACUGGGGCUAAAAGUUGUUGGAGGAAAAAUGACAGAAUUAGGACGACUCGGUGCCUUCAUUACCAAAGUGAAGAAAGGUAGCUUGGCUGAUGUGGUGGGGCAUCUCAGAGCAGGGGACGAAGUUCUAGAAUGGAAUGGUAAACCCUUGCCUGGAGCUACAAAUGAAGAAGUUUACAACAUUAUUUUAGAAUCAAAAUCAGAACCUCAAGUUGAAAUUAUUGUUUCAAGGCCUAUUGGUGAUAUUCCACGGAUUCCCGAGACUUCUCACCCCCCGUUAGAGUCUAGUUCGAGUUCUUUUGAAUCUCAGAAGAUGGAAAGGCCUUCUAUUUCUGUUAUAUCUCCGACCAGCCCUGGAGCCCUACGGGAUGCACCACAAGUCCUACCAGGGCAGCUUUCUGUUAAACUGUGGUAUGACAAAGUGGGACAUCAGUUAAUAGUAAAUGUUCUGCAAGCAACAGAUUUGCCACCAAGAGUAGAUGGACGCCCCAGGAAUCCCUAUGUAAAAAUGUAUUUUCUUCCAGACAGAAGUGAUAAGAGUAAAAGGAGGACCAAAACAGUAAAGAAAAGUCUAGAGCCAAAAUGGAACCAAACUUUUCUCUACUCACAUGUACAUCGUAGAGAUUUUAGAGAACGAAUGCUUGAAAUAACCGUAUGGGAUCAGCCAAGAGUACAAGAAGAAGAGAGUGAAUUUCUUGGAGAGAUUCUUAUAGAGCUGGAGACAGCGCUUUUAGAUGAUGAACCACAUUGGUAUAAGCUACAGACACAUGAUGAAUCUUCACUACCUCUGCCUCAGCCAUCACCUUUCAUGCCAAGAAGACAUGUUCAUGGUGGAGAAAGCACUAGCAAAAAAUUACAAAGAUCUCGGCCAAUCAGUGAUAGUGACAUCUCAGAUUAUGAUGUUGAUGAUGGUAUUGGAGUUGUUCCUCCAGUAGGUUAUAGAUCUAGUACUAGAGAAAGCAAAUCUACAACGCUAACUGUGCCAGAACAGCAAAGAACAACACAUCAUCGUUCACGAUCUGUAUCUCCUCACCGUGGCGACGAUCAGGGCAGGACCCGUUCACGUUUACCAAAUGUGCCAUUACAGAGGAGUUUAGAUGAAAUUCAUCAAAUGAGAAGAUCACGUUCUCCAACUAGACACCAUGAUGCCUCCAGAACUCCAGUUGAUUACAGAUCCAGAGACAUGGAUAGUCAGUAUUUGUCUGAUCAAGAAAGUGAGCUUCUUAUGCUGCCCAGAGCAAAGCGAGGAAGAAGUGCAGAGUGCCUACAUACCAUCAGCUCAACUCUUCCUGCAUGUGCUAAGACCAAAUCCGUGAUUAGACAGGAUAUUUCACUCCUUCAUGAUUGCCUUAAUUCACGAAUACCGAAAUUUGGAGAUGAUCUACUGGUUAGUGAACUACAGCCCUCCCUUGACAGGGCUAGGAGUGCUAGUACCAACUGCUUGAGACCAGAUACUAGUUUGCAUUCACCAGAACGAGAAAGGGGUAGAUGGUCCCCCUCCCUAGAGAGGAGACGACCUACUAGUCCCAGGAUUCAUAUCCAGCAUGCAUCUCCGGAGGAUGACAGGCAGUCCAGGAAAGUGGAAAGAUAUAGCAGCCAAAAACAAACUAGGAAAGGCUCCGCAACUGAAACAGAAAGGGGUCUGCUACCAUGUCUUUCUAGAAGGGGACUUCCAACCCCACGAACGACUGAACAGCCAGUCAUUAGGGGAAAACAUCACGCUCGCUCGAGGUCGAGUGAGCGCUCUAGUAUCAGAGCCUUAUGCUCUGUACAUCACCUAGCGCCCGGAGGUUCGGCGCCACCUUCUCCACUUCUGACAAGAGUGCAUCAACAAGGAAGUCCCACACAGUCUCCUCCUGCAGACACAUCCUUCAGCAGUCGCAGGGGAAGACAGCUACCGCAAGUUCCAGUAAGAAGUGGCAGUAUAGAGCAAGAGCAAGAGACUUUUAACUCUUCCACAAAAGCAAGCUUAGUAGUGGAGGAGCGAACGAGACAGAUGAAAAUGAAAGUGCACCGUUAUAAUCAGACAUCAGGGUCUGGUUCUAGCCAAGAACAUGAGCGUGAGCAAUAUACCAAGUAUAAUAUACAAACAGAUCAGUACAGAAGUUGUGAUAACGUCUCUGCCAAAUCAUCAGAUAGUGAUGUCAGUGAUGUGUCAGCCAUUUCCCGAACCAGCAGUGCCUCACGCCUCAGCAGCACAAGUUUUAUGUCAGAGCAAUCUGAACGCCCUCGGGGCAGAAUCAGUACAUUUACUCCUAAAAUGCAAGGCAGACGGAUGGGGACUUCAGGGAGAAUCACUAAGAGCACAAGUGUGAGCGGAGAGAUGUAUAAGCUGGAGCACAAUGACGGGAGUCAGUCGGACACGGCUGUCGGCACGGUUGGAACAGGUGGGAAGAAAAGGCGUUCCAGCCUUAGUGCCAAAGUGGUUGCCAUAGUAUCUCGAAGGAGCAGAAGCACAUCUCAACUUAGCCAAACAGAGGCUGGCAACAAGAAGCUAAAGAGCACGAUACAGAGAAGCACAGAGACGGGAAUGGCAGCAGAGAUGAGAAGUCGUAUGGUUCGACAGCCAAGUCGGGAGUCCACUGACGGCAGCAUAAAUAGUUAUAGCUCUGAGGGCAACUUAAUAUUUCCUGGAGUACGGCUGGGCGCUGACAGUCAGUUUAGUGAUUUCCUCGACGGACUUGGACCUGCACAGUUAGUAGGCCGACAAACGCUAGCAACCCCUGCCAUGGGUGACAUCCAGAUUGGAAUGGUGGAUAAAAAGGGCCAAUUAGAAGUAGAAGUCAUUAGAGCCCGUGGCCUCACACAAAAACCUGGCUCCAAAUCUACCCCAGCUCCGUAUGUCAAAGUGUAUUUAUUGGAAAAUGGAACGUGUAUAGCUAAGAAGAAAACAAGAAUUGCACGGAAGACCCUUGAUCCUUUGUACCAGCAGACACUGGUUUUUGAUGAAAGUCCACAGGGUAAAGUCCUUCAGGUAAUAGUUUGGGGAGACUAUGGCCGAAUGGACCACAAAUGCUUCAUGGGAGUUGCCCAGAUCCUUCUGGAGGAACUGGAUCUGUCCAGUGUGGUAAUAGGCUGGUAUAAAUUAUUUCCACCUUCAUCACUAGUGGAUCCAACCUUGACUCCCCUGACACGCAGGGCUUCCCAGUCAUCUCUGGAAAGUUCAACUGGGCCUCCCUGCAUUAGAUCAUAGUAGCAGGUGCUGUCUAAUAGAAACAUCACCCAGGAUGACAGUUGGAACCAGAUAUUCACAUGAUCAAAAAACACUGUUGGAGAGAGACAAUCACUUCUGUUUUUGCUUGUAGUAGUUAUCCAAACAUAUGUCUGUUUGUCGAGAGAUGGCUUAAAUUGACAGAACAAAGGUUUAUCACAUACGGCCAAUCUAUUCGCGGCUAUCACCGAUGCUUAUAAUGAUCAAAAAAAAAAAAAAAAAAGAGAG